GCAACGUCACAGGCGAGGGCCGCCAUUUUAACUGAGCAACCCUAGUGACAGAAGCCGAAGGAGCAGCGCAGGUUGUCCCCAUUUCCCCUCCCCCUUCCCUUCUCCGUUUGACUUCCCGGGCCCCUUACACUCCACAGUCCCGGUCCAGCCAUGUCUCAGAAACAAGAAGAGGAGAACCCUGCGGAGGAGACCGGCGAGGAGAAGCAGGACACGCAGGAGAAAGAAGGUAUUCUCCCUGAGAGAGCUGAGGAGGCAAAGCUAAAGGCCAAAUAUCCAAGCCUAGGACAGAAGCCUGGAGGCUCCGACUUCCUCAUGAAGAGACUCCAGAAAGGGCAAAAGUACUUUGACUCAGGAGACUACAACAUGGCCAAAGCCAAGAUGAAGAAUAAGCAGCUGCCAAGUGCAGGACCAGACAAGAACCUGGUGACUGGUGACCACAUCCCUACCCCACAGGAUCUGCCCCAGAGAAAGUCCUCGCUCGUCACCAGCAAGCUUGCGGGGUAACCUGGGCCCCUCUUUUCCCCUUCCUCACCCACUGGACUUUUAUAUAUCAUAGGCAGGAAUGGAAUGGGCACCUAGUUAGAGAACUUCUCAGCUUGCUAGCCAGCAGUGACUGUGAUUCAGCUGGGGGCUGCUGAGGAGGUAAUGUGUGUGGAAGAGGGGCUCUGAGUUCAUUUCUUUGGUUAAAUUGAUAUUUCCACACCCUCACUAUAGCCCAGAAGUAGGAGACUAGGAUUGAGUAAUACUGCAGACUUUUUUUCUUCUGUACAAGAAACUGGGGAGACAUGAUUUCUUUUUCAGAAGAGAGAAUCUCAAAAUUGGUUAGGCUAAGCCUUGGGAAUAAUGUGGCAGGUUUUAACAUCCAAGGCUAACCUGACAUUAUGGGGAAAGGUAGAUUGAAUGAGAUCUUUUCUCUGUGCUUCUAAGUGUUUUGUCUUAGGCUGCUAUUGCUUCAUGUUUCCAUUAUGGCAGGUUUAGAGAAUCCUCAAAAAAGAAAAACUGAUUUGCUUGCCUAAAACUACAGUGCCCACUUAACCUCCCUUAGUCAGUGUCUCUUACAGUUUGCCCUGGCUCUUAAUGUAAAGAUUGGAAAACAUUGUAUAAAGUGGGCGCUCUCUCUAGCGCUCUCUCUCUCUCUCUCUCUCUCUCUCUCUCUCUAUCUCUCACUCUCUUUCUUUCUCUUUCUCCCAGCAUGUUGCUUUUGAAAGCAUUGUGAGAUAGCGGAAGGAGCACUGGUUUAAGAGUCAAGAUAUCUGGGUUUGGGUCUAGUUCCAUGUAGAAGUGAUAUGUAACCUUGGUCAAGUCAUUUAGCCUCUCAGGAUUUAUUUUGUCAUCUGUAAAAUAGUUUGAGUAUGGAUAAAAUUGAUUAUGACUUUAGAAUUCUGUAACUGCCAGUUGGAAAACGCUGCUAUUCUUUGUAAAACUAAUGAGGCAGGCCCAUCAGUGAUUUGCCUACACAGGGGAACCAUUGGAAGACUACAUGGGGAGAGAGGAAGUAGAGAUGGGGGCAGGGGGUGGGUGGGGGGGAUUGAAUUCAGGCAAGAGGACCUCAUAAAUAUCAUGGUGAUAGGGUUGAAAAAAAGUUCUAAGCAGCUAGCCAUGGAAGCUCCUGCCUCUGCCCAACCCACUUUUCUAGCCUGCAGUCUGCAGCUCUGCUGCUAAAAAGGCUGCUCUGGCAGCUGAGCUGUGGGCCUGAGGAAACAUGCUCAGUCUUGCACAUAUGGAGGCCCAUGUUUCUGAUGUAAUCGGAUGCUAGGUGUAUUGUUAGGGAGACAAGAAGAAAAGGGAUGCACUGAGCUAGCCUCUAGGGCUUAGUACUACAGCAGGGCUGGAGUAGCAGGUUCUUCGGAGAGAAUUCAAGUUGAAGAACGCUGGGGAAGGUGGUUAAGGAGCGAAAAGGAACACAGAAAUCUCUGCCUUCCUAGAGCUCAGUAACCCGGCACCUGUUUGAUGAGAAGCAGCAGUGCUGAUUGAUGAAUGUGUGGAGGAAAGGGGUUGCAGUUGGCCAGCAUCUUCAGUCUAGUUAUCACUAGCUUGGCCUGAAUCUUACUGAAUGCAACCUGCUCGUUAUGAUAGAGAGAGUCAGGGUGAGAACUAACUGUUCGAGAGAGCAAGAUUCGUAAUCCUCUCUUGCCCUCUCACAAAUCCUGAUAGGCCAAACAUUUGGCCCAAUGAGAACGUCUGAUGAACUUGAUGGGGUGCAUGUGCGGGGAUGGGAUGCGUAUAGACUUCUCUCCUGACCAGCCACCCACUUUUCAGGCUGUCAUUCAGAUUGGAUAGGAAAAAGUUGGUGAGGGAGGAAUGGAGAGAGCAGGACCCCUGAAUUCCUUGGCCCCCAGACUCCUCGACUGUCACUUGUAAUUGUAUAUGAUUUUUGUGUUUCUUGCUCCAUUUCCUCAUGCUGUCUUCCUUAGUCUAAAAUCCACGUGGGAAGGGGAAAAUGCCGAACAUCCUUGUAUAGUUUCCUCAACUGUCCCAGCCAUGUUGUACAUAGAUAUGUCAUGUUAUUAUAUAUAUAAAUAUAUAUAUAAUUUUGUACGUUUUCUUCAUCUCUGAUUUUCUCAAAUUUUGUACUUUUUUUGUUUCUGUCUGAGCCACUUUCUCUAUUGGUCAAUUUGAAUACUCAAAACUGAGGUCACAAUGAGUCUGGUAUUAGGAAGGAAUAGAAGAAAUAGGGAGAUCAGAAAACUGUUGGUCUCUCUCUUCAUCUGGUCAUAGUCUAGUUUAAGAAAAGACUCAAGCUACAUUCUGUGUUCACCACAUGUUUCCCCAGCAUGAAGUACAUAAGUCCAUGGCAAAGAAAAAUCCAAAUCCCAGUUGCUUUGAUUAAACCUAGAUUAUUAAAUCCA